GAACGCGCACCUUCAUUUCACUCACAGCUUCUGGAAGGUCUGAAUAGGUUCUUGCUUCAACAGUGAUUGAACGGAACUUCGAUCUCGCUGGAAUUUCGCUUUGAAGAACUCUAAUUUAUUAUUUUUUACCAACCUUUUGAUAAUAAACCGACAAAAAAUCCGCCGAAAUGGAUUCUCAGAUUCGCCAGAACUACGACCGCGACUGCGAGGCUUUGAUCAACAAGAUGGUGAAUCUGGAGCUUUACGCUGGCUACACUUACACUUCCAUGGCUCACUAUUUUAAACGGGAUGAUGUGGCUCUUCCCGGUUUUGCCAAGUUCUUCAAGAAGAACAGCGAGGAGGAGCGCGAGCAUGCCGAGAAAUUCAUGGAGUUCCAGAACAAGAGGGGCGGACGCAUUGUCCUUCAGGACGUAAAGAAACCUGAGCGCGAUGAGUGGGACAAUGGGCUGGUUGCUAUGCAGUGCGCUCUUCAGCUGGAGAAGAACGUCAACCAGGCUCUGCUGGACCUGCAUAAGGCCGCAUCUGAGAAGGGAGACCCUCAUCUGUGUGACUUCCUGGAGACUCACUACCUGAAUGAGCAGGUUGAGGCCAUCAAGAAGCUUGGUGACCACAUCACCAACCUUUCCAAGAUGGAUGCUGGCAAAAACAGGAUGGCGGAGUACUUGUUUGACAAGCACACCCUGGAUGGAGACAGCUAAAUGCAGAACCCUGCUUCCUGCAAAACAUCCAGCUAUACUCUAGGUUUAAAUCAUCAAGCUAAUGUUGUCAUGCAGCACAAAUUUUAGACUUGAAAGAUUGAAAAGUUAACAUUUAGAGGCUACAUGUCCCUGUAUAACAUGCAUGGCACUUUUAAAUAGCCAUCAAGCCAAUGCUUUCUUGAAUGUACACUGGUUUUAAUCUGCUGAAUUUGGUGAAUAAACAUUUUUGGCUGGA